AGCACCAAACGGCGAGCUCCCCUCCCAACCCCGUCUCCUUCCUUUUUCUAGAUCACUGCUGCGCGGCGGCGGCGGCAGCGUCCGCGGUGGCGGUGCCGGUUCUGAGAGUUACAGGUAAAUUUGGGCAAGCAAGAUGGCUCUCUCAUCAGUUUUCAGGAGAGUGAAUGUCAAAGAACUGAUCUCAAAUGUUCCGGUGUACACUAGCACAACAGAGGCAUCUGGAGGACUGAGCUUGGUGUUUAGGCGUUGGGCCACGAAAAAGACUGCUGGAUCGACAAAAAAUGGCCGCGACUCUAACCCCAAAUAUUUGGGUGUUAAGAAAUUUGGGGGAGAGAAAGUGGAACCAGGAAACAUCAUCGUACGCCAAAGAGGAACCCGCUUCCAUCCUGGAAACUAUGUUGGCAUGGGGAAGGAUCACACUCUCUUCUCUCUGAAAGAAGGCCAUGUGCGGUUCGAGCGGAAUAAGCUGACUGGCAGGAAAUGGAUUCAUGUCGAACCUGUAGCUGGCCACACUCUCCACCCUGCCUACACCACUGAAGCUGAUAUGGAGCAACUAUAGUAGCGAUCUUUGCGUGGGUUUGCAGUAACAUGUCGCUGAUAGCUUCCUGGGUAUAACUGAUGUUUUGCUCGGACUUGGAUACCUUCGUCAAUGAAUUUGUUCCAAGGAAGAUGUUUCCGGAUUAGGAUGAUUGCAAUAAGUAACUCCAGCAUGUUUCUGAUGCCAUUUGAAGUACCUGUUCUGCACUUUCCUGUGUGGAUUUUAGUCCGAAAAUCUGUAAUGCGUAGUUUAUGCGGUACUUCUCUCUGAAAUCAUCAGCGUAACCUCC